AUGACUUUUAUGUUGUUGACAUGCCAAAAUAAUCGUCAAUUUAAUCCAUUUGAUUCUGAAUUUAUUCGAAUAUAUCGUGCUAAACCAUUACAUAAUCUUAAUUUAUUCUUUUUUGGUUUUAAUAAUGAAAAUGAUUUACAACAUUUACACACUUUAACUAAUGAACAUGGUUAUUUUUUUAAUGCUUUUGUAAUAACUAGUGAAAAUGGAAAAGAUGCAAGUGUAUAUUUUGUAGCACCAACAAUGGGUCAAUCAGUUCCAUUAGCUUGGACACAAAAUGCCCAAUUAGCUAUUGCUCAUAUGUUAAGUGGUUUAUUUCAAUCAGCAUUGUGUUUAUUACAGGAUCAAGUUGGAACUGUUUGUUUUGAUAAAUAUAAACAAUUGUUCGUUGAAAUAUAUUCACGUCCACAUGCAGCUUUUACAACACUUCCAUUAUUACCGGUAUUAUAUACAUAUCGAUUAAGAAAUUGGUUUGUAUUCUUUUGUUUGUCUAGUAAAUGUUUUUAA